GGCACAAGCCCUGGUGACACACACUCGCUAAGCGGCAGGCGGCGCCCCAGAUCUCAGCGCGCAACUUCCGAUACGCCUAGCGACGACGACAACGACAACCAGCCCUUCAGCGGAAUCGCCAGUUCCAUAAUUCAAGAUGAGUACGUACAAUCUCGAUAUCCCAGCCGACCAGCAGCAUUUGCUUCGACGCCGACAAGACUUUGCAGACUGACACCGAUUACAGCGAAGGGUACCUCCAGCUUUGGCAAGCGCCACAACAAGACUCACACUCUCUGCAGGCGUUGUGGCCGCCGCUCUUUCCACGUCCAGAAGUCGACAUGCUCCAGCUGCGGUUACCCCUCCGCUAAGACUCGCAAGUUCAACUGGAGCGAGAAGGCCAAGCGCCGCAAGACCACCGGUACCGGCCGCAUGAGGCACCUCAAGGAGGUUCACCGUCGCUUCAAGAACGGCUUCCAGACCGGCACCCCCAAGGGCGCUCGUGGCCCCGAGAGCCAGUAAAUCAAUCCCGACGUCGCGUUUUCGUUCUCGGAGGCUGGAGAGGGCUGGUAUGAUAAGGCCUGGCAUUUGAAGUAGCCGAGUUUCAAUGCAAGGCGAAAAAAGACGCUUUCCCCUGGAGUUGGUGUUGGGAUGGUCUUUCCUUUUGCCGUCAUAGCAUGUUUAUCCUAGAAUAACGACGACAAAUGAAAGACGGAAAAUUUCUUGGGGU